AUUCAUACCAGAACAUUGAACACAUUUGAAUAGUAAUUAACCAACCAAAGCUUACAGGCAACUGCUAGCUAGUUAGUCAGAUAGUUAUGUUACAAAUAAAAAUGAUGGAUUUUAAAUCCUGUACAAAGAUAACAGAUGCAAGAACUUCAACACCUCGUCAAGUCAAAACCUCAGAGAAACAGACGGCAGAGGACGGAGCAAAACAUGUCUUGGACAGCCAUGACAAACUUAGUAGAAGACAAAAGCCAUUGUCCAAGCCUGGACUGUCUCUGGAGAAAAAAAUUGAACAGGAGAAGCGGAGGAGGCAUGUUCUGAUUAAUGAGCACAACAGAUUAACGUUUGCAGUGAAGACAAAAGAGGCUAAGUUGAAGGAGCUGCAAGAGCAGCUAAAAGCAAUGAGCCUUCAGCCUACAAAUUACAACUGUGAAGACACAUGUGAGCAGCGUAUACGACAGCUGGAGAACAACCUGGAUAAGAUGAAGCUGAAGACCACACAGGCUAAGAGAAUCCAGACAGCCUAUUGGCACAUUCUUGAGCACCUGCAGCAGGAGGUCCGUGGUAUGUACAAGAUCCUGGACCAGAAAGCGCAUGCAGUUGCCGUUGGACAGGCAGAGGUGGACAAAGCAACCCAAAAGUUCCAGUCAGCAGCAGCUGCUGCAGAUAGCACACUGGGCAAAAUGGUUCAGGUGGAAAAUGAGACAAUGGAAAAGAAAAGUAAAAUGGAUAGUGAGCUGGGCGAACUGACGGCAGAAGAAAAUGAGCUGAAACGGAACAUGAAAACACUUGGACGUCUUAGCCCCAAAGGGCAGAGCAGGCUGAAGGAGCGGCAGGAAAUUGAGGAAAAAGCACAGUCAAUUCCUGUCACAGAUCAUCAGUAUUAUGACAUCUGUGGUGCUUCCCAGUCUGACAUGAAACUGGUAGAGGAUAUGGAGGCUCUGAGAGAGAUUCUGGGCUGUGCUGACAUACAGGAUCUAGUUAACAAGGUGGUGUCACAGCAAGCCACCAAAGAGCAGCUCCAAACUGAGGUAACCCACUGUGAGGAACUCGUCAGGCAGGAGGCCAAAACCCUGGCUGAUCUGGAGCUCCUGAACACAGAACUCAAGUUCAAUGCCAAACCUACAACUACAAGGUUUGACAAGCUGAAGGAACAAAUGCAGGCAAAGCUGAGUCAGAAAGUGGAUCAUGUUCAGCGACUUCAGGCCAAGCUGCAGCAGUCUCAGGGUCUGUUGGACACUGUUGAGCAGGGGGUGACCAAUGUCUACUUCAGGAUGAGCUGCGUACUUGUGGAGGGGUUGCCCAGCGCGUCCAGUACUAACGGCACAGACAAACUGGGGGACAUCAGCGCCCGUCUACCAACAUUACUGCAAAUAGCCUCAAAGCAGAAACCUGAGAUCAGCGGUCUGGACAAAGAGAGGGUUUACAGUUUGCUGGAACAGCUCAACAUGAUGGGGAUGAGGAACAACAAGAGACAAACUACCCCUCUAGACACUCCCCAGCUUAGUGAGGAUGAAGAAGAGUGCGUUCUGUCCCGCGAGGAAAUCAAACGCAACAGCAGUAAACUCAUUGAAUCCAAGCAGAAGAAGAAGAAUAAGUCCUCGAGGAAAGGCAAGAGGAAGCAGUAGAGAUAUAGACCACAGAGUGGGUAUAAAAAGGCUAAUGAAAUAAACAAUAAAGAAAGCUAGAA